UCCAUGGUUUCCACAUCACUUGCCGAUGUUCACCCUUAAACCUCAAAAAUGUCCUCCGAUUAUUCCAAUGGAUCUGUCAUCCAAAGUUAAUUCUAAAUCCUUUGAUCCAGUCAAUGCAGAGCCCUUUAUAUGGUAUGAUCCUACACCAAAUCUGUUGGAGUUUAGGUCAAAUAGCAGCAAGGAUGAAGACCAGCAAGUGGCUUCUGCAGAACAGGACAGUGUUGGAUGUGACGUACGAAACGCCAGCGACACGUUAAGCAAACAGAGCUCAUAUGUGCGUUCAUGGAGUGUGUGUACUCAAAGAGUUGGAAGAAAAGAUGUGAUUGUGCCGCCAUCUCCAGAAUUGAAAAGCCUCCUGAAUAGACUCCAGCUGAAUCUGUUCUAUAGGGGAAGGUGGACCAUCUUGCCAUCAGUUUGUGGUGAUCUGAGUUUAGAAGAAGUCUGGGAUAAACUGACCAGACUGACUAGACACGAUGUUCUUCCAAGCUGUAACGCCACAAUGCAACGAGAUAUUAGUGAGAUAUGGAUCUUCUGUGACCUGCGCUAUUGUGAGCAUAUUGGAAAGUUAUUGAUCGCAAAGCUAAAAUUGUCUGGCAAAAUUUGCUUAUUCGUUCACAAGCAUGGAGUUAUUCUAAGCAUGUGACUUAUAUGUUUUAUGUUUUUAUCCAGAAUAAGAAUUGAAUUACCUAUAUAAGCCGAUCGAGUUAGGUUUUUUUUUUUUUUUUUUCUUACAGGAAAGAGCAAUAUUUGAAACUUUCUACUCAGUCCUCUUCCUGGUGUCGGAGGUCAAUGCAUCAGACUGCAGCUCAGAUAAUCGCUGGCUCCAGCAGUGUCCUGCCUCGGCCAGUGAUUGACUGAGGGGCUGUGGGAUGUAUUGAGCCCCCAGCACCAGGAAGAAGACCAGUUCUGGGGCUCAGUACAUUUACCACCGGAGUACCCCAUUAAGAGAGCUCUUAUCUUAAGGGUUAUUCCGGCCAAAUGCAUCUUAUCCCCUAUCCAAAGGAUAGGGGAUAAGAUGUCUGAUCGUGGGUGGCCCGCCGAUGGGACCCCCCGUGAUCUCCCUGCAGCACCCCCAUUCUGUGUGGGGCUGCGUCUCCAGUCUAGGUAACCUCUUUGUCUCCGGGACUGGAGAUGUGAAGUCACGCCACUCCCCCUCAUGACAUCACACCACACCCCCUCCAUUCAUGUCUAU